AUGGCUUCCUCUGGCCAGCUGUCUGAGAUUCCACAUCUCGUGGCUCUCAUCAAGACUCUCACAAAUCCACAAUUGAAGGAUCUUUUACGCAAUGAGGGACUCGCAGUAUCCGGUGUCAAGGCAUCACUGCAGCUGCGCAUCAUUGACUAUCUUGAACGCCUUGCCAAUUCGGAGGGUAAUGGGGCCCGCUACGACGCCCUGAGGCGACUCAUUUACCAGACUGCAAUUCCUGGUGCUUCAGCUUUUCAGUCUUCCUCGCCCAGUUAUCAGCUUCCUCCUCCACCUUCUGCUCAGCCUGCACCGUCACAACCUCGGCCUGCAUCUCUGGGAGGUACCAUGGCUUCCCAUUCCAGCUCACCCGGUCGUCUUUCUUUCAAAGAAAGCCCAUUUUUCACGAUCUUGACUCCCCUCACUUCGGUGAUGGAAUGUAAAGUCCGUGAACAGACAAGGGAUAGUGUUGAGCUCAAGGUCAUCCUGAGUGUAUCCACGGCAUCGGAUCUGCAAACCGACCCCAACCUUCGGGUGAUGGUCUACUGUGCAGCCGACUCGGGCCUUAAGCAGUAUACCAAGUCGGAUAUUGCUUUCCCCCAUCAAGUGGAGCUAAAGGCAAACCUUGAUGAAGUCAAGGCCAAUCUCCGCGGACUAAAGAAUAGACCUGGUACUACUCAACCCGCCGAUGUCACUGCCCAUAUACGCAAAAAGGCAAAUUAUCCUAACAACAUCGUGAUAACUUAUGCAUUAACAACAAAGAAAUUCUUCGUGGUUGCCAACCUUGUCCGACAACACCCCGUUGACGAGCUUGUCUCGCAACUCAAAUCUCGUAAGAUCAUCUCAAAGGAGCAGGUCAUCCGCGAAAUGAAAAACCGCGCAGAUGACACGGAUAUAGUUGCGACAUCAAGUAUCAUGUCGCUCAAGUGCCCGCUGUCAACGCUCAGAAUCCAAGUUCCUUGUCGUUCUGUGGUGUGCACACAUAACCAGUGCUUCGAUGCAGCAUCCUUUCUACAGCUGCAAAAGCAGGCUCCCACCUGGACCUGUCCAGUAUGUUCCAAGUCCACGAGUUUCGAGUCGUUGCAGGUAGACCAGUACGUCGAUGAUAUUCUCGGGUCCACGUCACGAGAUGUAGAUUCCGUCGUCGUGGAGCCGGAUGGCGUAUGGGCCGCACCCACCGAUGCAGACACAGUGAACAUAGGCGGACAAACGCCCGCAAGCGAUGAUGACGAUGAUCUAAUCGAGAUCAGCGAGCCUGGAGUCUCUACGGUGAAACAAGAACCGAUGUCUGUAAACAUCAUGCUGGAGCGCACGCCAGCCCAAUCCAAGUCCCGAGAGGCAUCGACCCCAUCCUCGGCAGCUCGGUUAUCAAGCAAGAAGCGGUCUGCUGCGCAGGUCAUCGAUCUCACUGGCAGCGACGACGACGAUGAUGACUCGCCAGCUCCUCCGGUGAAACGUCCCGCCUUGAACUUUGGUGUUCGUGGGAUAGCAUCGCAUGAUUCUCACCAGCCAGUGGCUAACAGCCCUUUGAAUCACCGAGCUUAUCCACCCCCUCCGUACUAG